UUCAUGGGAGAGGCACUGAGAUCCAUAGAGGGUAAAGAGAUCUCUUUAAAUAGCUGGUCUGGCUUGAAAAGUUUCCAAUGUGAAGAUCAAGACAAAGUACAGAUGUUUGCAAAUGAUUCAGAGAGAGCAUCAUAAGAGCACUUUUUCUUUUCUCAUGUAUUCUGUCUGAUCAUGUUGUAUUUUUUGUGAACUGUCUUGCAUACUAAAAUGAAUGUAUCAUAUAUAAAUCUUAGUGGUCAUGUGGAAGUGGAAAAAUACAGAUAUCUUUAUUUUGUUAUUACUUUCACAGUUUAUUCUUUGAUAAUCUGCAGCAAUUGUACUAUUGUAGGUUUGAUUGUGAUUCACAGAAGCCUCCACGAGCCUAUGUACAUUUUUAUUGCAGCUUUGUUAAUCAACUCUCUUCUUUUCAGCACUAAUAUUUUCCCAAAGCUUAUGAUUGACUUUUUAUCUGAUGAACAGAUCAUAUCCUAUCAAGCUUGUCUUUUCCAGUGUUUUACAUUUUACUCUUUAAGCGCUUCAGAGUUUUUACUGCUGGCAGCUAUGUCAUAUGACAGAUAUGUGUCUAUAUGUAAACCUCUGCAAUAUCCGACUAUCAUGACAGGUAAAAAAGUAAGCAUGUUCCUGGCUUUGGCCUGGCUUUUGCCUGCUUGUCAAAUUGCUGGGCCUGUUGUGAGAAAUGCUAAUUCAAAACUCUGCAGUUUUACUUUAAAAGGCAUUUUUUGCAACAAUACAAUCAACAACCUUUGCUGUGAGAUUUCAAAGCCUUUGAUGAUAUAUGGUUUAGUUGUUAUGUUCAAUGUUGCUCUCUGUCCUAUGCUUUUCAUCUUAUUCACAUAUGUAAAGAUACUUAUAAUAACAUGUCAAAGCGGUGGAGAAGUCAGGAGAAAGGCAGCACAGACCUGUUUGCCUCACCUGCUGGUUUUAAUCAACUAUUCUUGUUUAGUUACUUAUGAUAUGGUCAUUGUCAGACUGGAAUCUGAUCUUCCAAAGACAGCAUGUUUCGUAUUGACAUUGCAAAUAAUAACAUAUAAUCCUCUUUUCAAUCCAAUCAUAUAUGGACUUAAAAUGAAAGAAAUUAAUAAACACCUCAAAAACAUUUUUCUAUCAAAGUAA